UCAUGGCUUCAAGGCCAGUUUUUUCAUGGCACUUCUGUCUGAAUGGUUCAGGGGUCGAAGCGGAGGCUUCAUUCUCGAAAGGUUUUGGUUUUUCGGGGCGUUUUCUGUGUUUGUCUCCAUGAGCAGGUAACCCACCUUGACUGGUAAGGGUGGGUUACCUGAGAAAAGGUUCCACUCUCACGUCCCCUCUGUCCUCCAGGAAACGUCAGCUCUUUCUGUUUGUUCAGCGCCGCUUCCUACCGCAGCUGUCAGUGCGCACUGAGCCAAACCUCGUUGAGAAAAAGCGCAAUUUAACGUUCAUUCAGGUCACCGACGAAGAAGAAGCCACAUCUAAAACCCACUAAGAUGAAUCGAUAUUGAGAGUCAACUGGAGGUCAGCACCUUUUGGGAUGAGAUGUUCAUCUCAACCAAAUGAGGGAUGAUGACUCGAGGACGUCUCUGACCACCAGUCAGCUCUCUGAAAGCCCUGCUGCAGAGUUAGAACCCAGGAGAUGGAUUCCAGCAUUGAGCGUGUGGAAGUAGACAACCUGAUCGACUUUGACCAGCUUCCAGAGUCCACGUCUCUCAGCGUAGACCAAGGUCAGCACCAGGACCACAAAGACGCCUUCUCACCCGAGCCGCCGUCCUCCAGAGACCACCAGCAGCCAUUACUGCCUGAGCCCAUGGCGCCAACAAAAGCCAGUCCCCACCAUUACCUCCACCCAGAGGACAGUGGUGAUGGUGGGGACCAUGACAGCGACGCCACAGAAUCGGCAGACAGCGACAACGACAUGGGCCAGCUGUCGGAAAUGUGGGACCUGAGGAGGUCAUCAUCUUCAUCCAAUCACAGCGGUGAGGACGCCGAUGCCGAGACGGUGGAGAGGAGGCAGUUCAUGAAGGCUUACGUGGAAAAUGUUUUCCACGGAAAACAGGACUUUGACCAGGAGGAGAAGGCUCGUUUCGGAGAGCUGUGCGGUGGAGAGAAUGGAAAAGGCCGGGAGUGGUUUGCCAAAUAUGUCAGCGCCCAGCGAUGCCACUCCAAAUGCGUGACCGAAGCGACUUUUUACAGACUGGUCCAGUCUUUUGCUGUCGUCCUGUUUGAAUGUUACCAGAUGGACGACUACAGCCCGGCCAAGAACCUCAUGACCAUGUGCUUCACGUACUAUUACAUGGGGAAGUCGCAGCCGUCUCCAUCAGAGCUACUGGAUCGUGGUGGUCCUCCACCUGGUCUGGACUCCUACAUCAACAAAGCCAAUUCCUGGCUGUCGGGGAAGAAAGACGCCGCUGAGCGCCUCCUUAAAAACACAUCUAAAAGUGAUGUGAAAGGCUUCUUCGGCGGCCUGGAGAGCAAACUGAGAAGCUCAAUAGCCCCCAAGUCUGAGGAUGGGGAGGGUCCUGUUGAGACCAAGCCCAAAUCACCAGAGUCAGACGCUCCUGAAGAAAAGAAAGUAGAAAAGGUGUAUCUGUACACUCACCUGAAGCAGCAACCCAUCUGGCAUACGUUACGAUUCUGGAACGCAGCGUUUUUCGAUGCCGUCCAUUGUGAGAGGGAGAAGAGAUCUCCGACCACCAGUGGAGUGCAGGAUGAAGAGAAAGACGAGAGGGAGAAAUGGUGUCACAUGACGGAGAAGGAGAAGGAGGACAGCUUCAGAAUGGAUGAGAACAUUGCAUUCGGCCAGCUGGGGACGUUCACUCACAACAUGCUGGCGUUCGGGCUCAGUAAGAAGCUCUGCAGCGACUUCCUGAAGAAGCAGGCGGUCAUCGGGAACCUGAAUGAAGAACAGUACAAGCUGCUGACUGACCACAUCGAGAAGAUGGCGGCGGAGUGAGCCCACCCACCUGACGCAUCAUCUCUGUCUCUGCUCUCUAAUUGGUUGUUGUUGCUGGACAAACGAGCCAACCUGCAGCAUCGAGCCGUAGUAUCCAUCAGCACCGCGUCCUGGUCCAGCAAUAAUCCCAGAAACGCCAUCACCACCACAGAAAGUCCAGCAACCCUCUGGUCUCAGACUGCGACUCAUCCAGCUGUCAAUCUGAGCAAUAAGAGUUCACCUGUAAUCUGAAGUCCUGAAAACAGGUCGUUGUGGUCAGUAAAACAUGUCUCCUCCUCCAGGCUCUGUAAUCAGGCUGCUUUUAUUGUCUUAUAUCAGGAAGAUCUAAGACUUCUCAUCCCUGCAAAGUGCCUUCCUCCCUCUGAUGUCACUGCUCUGAUAUCACCGCUCUGACUCCACUGUGUGAUGUCGUCGUCCUGCUGCAUGCUGCAUGUUUUUGUCGUGACCUGGUUCUGCCACCGGGGGGCAGCAGUGUGGUGAUCCAGACGCCCCCUCUGGUGUGGAUCUGUGGUUAGAAGUGUAGAACCCGUAGAUGUGACGUGUGUUCUCAUUCUGUGUUGGUGUGCAGUGGAAAUGUGAAACUCCCCCUUAGCCCCAUGCACGAGUCCACCUCAUUCUGGAGUCCAUUCAAACUUUAUUUAAACUGCAAACACAUGACGGUGUGGACUUUAGAGGCCCGAACUGUGUGUUUUACUGUGUUUUACUGUUGCAGCUCAUUUUAGCCGUUUGCACUACAUUUAGUUUCAUUCUGACUCCAGAUCACAGCUGGAAUUACAGUUCACUGUUAAAUAAAUGUCCUGAAAUCUAAAUGUGUGAAUAAACUGUGUCAAUAUCAUUUAAAAUAUAAAAAUGUUCACCAUGUAAAACUUA